AUAUAUAAAGUUAUCUGUACAUGAAGUUUUUGGACACCUUAGUUGUAUUUGACAAUUAUAUUUUAACUACGUUUAUCACGAAUCAUCACAGGUAUUUUAUUUUGAAGAUAUCACCCGGAAGUAGCGUUAAUUUGUGUUGCGCUAGCUUGAUGCUGAGAGAGGAAGCUGGUGGACCAAACUUCUCGAGUCAUGUACCGUCUGACAACAGUGACCCCGGUUCCGUUAGGGGAGUCCGAAGUCUAACUGUCCGUGUGAGGGUCUUCAGACACCGGGCCGCUCAGUCCACCGACCCGCUCCGAGUCCUACAGCCACUGUUAGCCUGCGGAUGCUAACUUCAGCUAGCCUGAAGCUACCGUAGCUACCAGUUCGCCACAGAGCAGCACAAGCUGCGCGGACAGGAGUCCUGCUGUUUCUGGCUCGGUUCUGCUCUGCCACCGGAGCACCAGCAGCGCCGUGAGGGAUGUGGAAAGUAACUUUACAAGCGUUCGCUGUUCUGCUGCUGGCCUGGUUCUUCGGGAACUUUGUUCUGGGCUGGUUUCAACAAAACAACGCAAAACCCAAAACGCAGCACAGCGAGCAUCUGAGCAGAGCCCCGGACGGCCAGGACCAGAGCUGCUUCUGCCAGCUGACUGGAGUCCUGGACGACUGCUUCUGUGACGUCGAGAGCAUCGACGUGUUCAACAACUUCAAGCUUUACCCUCGGAUCAAGAAGCUCACAGAGAAGGACUACUUCAGAUACUACAGAGUGAACUUGAAGCGACCGUGUCCCUUCUGGCCCGACGACGCACACUGUGCCAUCAAAGACUGCCAUGUGGAGCCCUGUCCCGAGAGUAAGAUCCCAGUGGGCAUCAAGUCUGGGAACUACAACAAGUACUCCCAGGCAGCCAAUACCAUAUCGGACAUGACUGACUGUGAACAGGCCAAAGAGCUGGGCGCCAUCAACAGCACCCUGAGUAAUCAGAGUAAACAGGCGUUCGCUGACUGGGCGAGACACGACGAUGCUCAGGACCACUUCUGUGAGCUGGAUGAUGAAACCUCUCCAGAUGCAGAAUACGUGGAUCUGCUGCUGAAUCCAGAGCGAUACACCGGAUACAAAGGUCCUUCAGCCUGGAGAGUCUGGAACAGCAUCUACGAGGAAAACUGCUUCAAGCCCCGAUCAGUGUACCGACCUCUGAACCCUCUGGCUCCCAGCAAAGGAGACGACGAUGCUGCAGGAGAAGGUUUCUACGACUGGCUUGAAGGUUUGUGUUUAGAGAAGAGAGUUUUCUACCGACUCAUCUCCGGCCUCCACAGCAGCAUCAACAUCCACCUGUGUGCCGAGUACCUGCUGGACGAGGGUUGGGGACGCUCAGUCUGGGGUCCAAACGUUCAGGAGUUCCGGGAGCGUUUUGACACGGCAGUGACGAAGGGCGAGGGCACGCGGCGGCUGAAGAACCUGUACUUCCUGUACCUGAUCGAGCUGCGGGCGCUCUACAAGGUGGCGCCGUACUUCGAACGAGCCUUCAUCAACCUGUACACAGGAAACAGUCAGGAGGACUCAGCCACCAAGGAGCUGCUGCUGCAGGUCUUCAACGAGAUCAGAGCUUUCCCCAUGCACUUCGAUGAGAAGUCCAUGUUCGCUGGACAGAAACUGGAAGCCAAAACUUUAAAGGAGGAAUUCCGCCUCCAUUUUAAAAACAUCUCCAGGAUCAUGGACUGUGUUGGCUGCAGCAAAUGUCGACUGUGGGGAAAACUGCAGACUCAGGGUCUGGGUACAGCUCUGAAGAUUCUCUUCUCCGAGAAAGAGAUCCAGAACCUUCCAGAACACAGCCCCUCCAAAGGCUUCCAGCUGACUCGACAUGAGAUCGUGGCCUUAAUCAACGGCUUCGGCAGGUUGUCCACCAGCAUCCAUCAGCUCCACAGCUUCCGCCUGCUGCUGAAGGACAACAGGUAACAGCAGGUGACGUCUCACCCGGCCAGCAGGAGGCGCCAGCCCACAGAGAACUGCAAGAGCCUCAUCCUGGCCCAGAAGAAGGACUUUUCCAUGGACAUCAGGAUCAGCAGCGAUCAGCAACACAGGCGCCCUCUCUUCUCCCGAUCGUCUCUCCUUUAUGAAUGUUAACUCUUCUUGCCUGUCUCAGAAAACUCUCUGAGAACUUCAGCUGACGUCUUUUUCCCGCUCUGCUGUCGGGCGGUGACGAACUGGCUUUUAUUUUAUUGUUAUUAUUUGUUUUUUCUGAGAAGACUUUUUGAGACGACGCAGAUCCAACUGUGUCCAACAGGAAGUGACUGACUUUGGUUUAAAGCUUAGAUGACGUCACCGUGACCCCGCCCUCUGCUGACAUCACAUCCUGUUGGAUUUGACUCUCAUGUGAACCCGUCAGACCUUUGCGGCUCUUCUGUAAGGACAAUGAUGCGUGUUGUCCUGAGACUGGACUCAGGUUGGACUGUUGGUCCAGACUGAAGCGUCGGGACGCUGCUUCCUGUUUGUUUUCCUCCUCUUCUUCUUCUUCUUCUUCUGCUUUUAGAGACGUUUUUUUGUUUGCAGCCUGAGGAUCUGGACCAAUCUGCUCGUGUUUACCAUCUCAGGCCUAAUUUAUGUCAGCUCGCUAAAGUGUGUGUGUGUGUGUGUGUGUGUGUGUGUGUGUGUGUGUGUGUGUGCAGAGUGGAGUUGCCACUGGUCGCAUGUUGGUGGAUCUGCACCGGCCUUUUCUUGCAGACGUCGCUGAGUCUCCUCGUGGUUUUCAACCUCAGCCUGGUGUCUUGAGUUUCUCCUCGCUCGUCGCCUCCUGCAGCUGUUGGUCUCAACACGACGACCUGCUGCUCAGUGUUAAAUUCACUUUGAGGUGAAUAAUCUGUGAUUGGUCAAAUCCGCCUCAGUAACAGCCUCUAAAUGUCUCUGUGCUCAUUAAUUAUGUUUCCUCAUGUCGUACAUCAGGAUAGAAUUCUAAUAUCUUGUGAUGCCGGUGACGACUCUUUUUAUCUUCGUUGAUCGGCUGAACAAAAACAAAUGUUUAAUUCAGUUAAGAUGAAAGUUUAUUGUUUAACCUCGCUGGAAUAAAACUGACACUCAAGUGCUCAAAUCUUAGCGGUAAACUUUGACGUCAUGGAAACACAAAAACCACAAGUUGAUAAGAUGAGCAGGAAAUGUAAACUGCAGAAUCAGGAUCCACUAAACAGGAAACUGAUAUUAUUAGUAUUAUCAUUUUCUUACAUGAACACACGUUUAAUUUUUUCAAGAAUUAUGACCAAAAGUCAGAAAUCCAGCUUUAAUUUCCCAGUGGUUCUGAUCGUCCUCCAUACGCAGAAGUUCUGGAUGUUUUACGGUUGAAAUGAAACUCGUCCUGUGACCCACGAGAUGAGCACCGUGAUCGCUUCCCUCUCAGAACCAGGAGUCCUGUUCCUGGUUCUGAGAGGUUCGGUUCUGAUCCAUCAGCUGCUGAGGUGACUGGACGACGCCGUGUCUGAGCUUUAACACAAGACUCAAACAAUGAAGCCGAUCGUUCAGCUGUUCAGUGAAGGAAACAGAACUGUGUGUGUGUGUGUGUGUGUGUGUGUGUGUGUGUGUGUGUGUGUGUGUGUGUGUGUGAGAUCAACAGUUGCAGCUAUAAUUUAACGGACUACGACUUGAUUCCAUAAUUAACCAUGAACUUGAUCCAGUAGAAGAUUUCUUUGCUCUCUCGUGAUGACAAACGUUUGAUUCUCCGUCUGUUCGUCUGAAUCCUGUAAAAGAAACAAAACGCUGCCUGGUUUUCGCUCCGGUUCUCUUCUUGCUCGCGCCUCGUUGUCUUAAAGCACAACUUUAACACAUUUAGUAGAUUUAUUGAAACAGGACAGUUUAUUUUCUGGACCGCGGCGGUGCUGUUUCCUCGGGUCACUGUACAUAAUAAGUUCUUAUUAAAGGGUCAGUCCGGUGUUUCUUACUGUUAACAGAUCCCACGUUCAGACUCAAUCCAACAAUGCUCAUGGUUCCUGCUGGAGACGUUAAACUUUAAAAGCACCUCACAAACAUGUAGUUUUCGGUAUUUUGGGGAAUAUUUCCUGUGCGGGUCAUCGAUGUGUUUCUUCAUGGAGCUGGUCGACGCCGAGGAAGAAGCUGAUACGAUGAAGUUGAUUUUAGUCUUUUUAAUGAGGAUUUGUCGACAAUAGGAAACAUCUGGAGAAGGAGAUCUGAUACGAACCUGCUGACGAUGAUCAAUAAGCAACGUACGACAAGCGAAUGAUUCCGAGGAGUGUCGGCUGUGGAGUGUGUUAAUAAAGUUGUUUAAAAGAGGAUUUAUGAGUUUCGACAGGUCGGUCAGUGGACGCUUGUUCUGCCGCGUGAAGUCGACCAAAGAAGUUGAAGUUUCCUACGUUAGUUUCAGUGUUUCUGUUUUUACUCGGCUGUUUAGUUUGUUGUGUUGAAGAUUUUCUGGUCUCACAGUUUAAUAAGGAUUAGGUCAUUUUAUAUUGUUUAUAAUCUGAAGCAGUGAUAUGAAACUCCUGUCAGUCAGCAUCAUCAUCUGACUUUACUGAAGAGAAAGAGUGAUGAUUUCAGCCCUCAGUGGUUAACGUGUUCCUUCCUGCUGCCCCUUCACAGUAAAAGCGUCUCCCAGUUUGCAGCCAAAAUUACGUCUUUAAAUGCAGCUACGAAAAGUUGGAAACAUUUAGGUUUUUUUCCCUCAAUAAGCUUCAAAAGUGAACAUUAAUGUUGAUCCACGAGCAAAUCGGCUCUUUGUUUCAGUACUUUCAUGUUUUAUUGACGCUCUCCACACACUGGGAGACAUUUACAUCAUUCUGUUAUUGUGGGGAAGAAACACACAAAUUGACUUAUUUUUCAGGGUAUUUUCUAUAUUUGAUGACGACUUCAGCCCCACUUUUAUUGUGAAACAGCAGCAGGAAGUGUUCCAAACAGGAAGUUCAGUUUAAAUAUCUUCCGAUUGUGUUUUCAAGGUGAAGUUUUUCAUCCUGAACAUUCAGAACAAGGAAACAGUUUAUUAACGAGAUGAGAAACUGAGUUUGUGUGUGUGGGUGUGUGUGUGUGUGUGUUUUGUGAGUAUACGGAGGCCUGAGUGGGACAAAUUUAACAAGCUUUCAUUCAUUAUUUAACAAAUGAAAUAAUUGAUUUAGUUUGUGACAUAUAGAAAUAUUAAUUCCUAAAUGUAGCAGUCGACAUUUAACUCAGAUUAUUAAACAUUUGAAAAAUAAAAACCUGCAACUGUAAAAUAAUUAUUUUCAAAAGCUCCUAAAAUGUGUUUUAUUCAGUUUUGUCUCUUCUUUAAAUUUCAUUUGAAAAUUAGUUUUCAGUUUCAUUUAUUACUCCUUUAAAAACAGAAUAAUUCAAUUAAUUUAGACAUUUACUGAUUAUUUUACCACAUUUUCAUUAUAAUGUAGAAUUAAAUUAGAAUGUUUUCAAUACUGAAUUCUUAAAGGUACAGUACGUAAGGAUCAGCUCAUCACCAGAAUCACAUCAGUGAACUGGAGACAUCCAUGACUGUUAGCUCUUGUUAGCCUGUUAGCUCAGUUAGCUGUGCAGCUAGCUGAGAGGAGCAUUGGUGUUCACGCAGAGGAGACUGUUGAUGAUGUUUCUCCACCUUCAGUUAAUAAUUCUUAGUUCAUUUAUUAAUGUUUAGGUGUUUUUUUUGUUUUUUUUAUAUAUGUUUCGAGCUUAAAUUCUUACAUAUUGCACCUUUAUUGUUACAUCUAACUCUACAUUUGAAUUAUUUGAAAUAUUUAUUUUGGGGGAAAAAAAAAAAAAACCUUUGUCAGAAUUAAUCUGAUUAAAAUUUAUUUUCCAUUAUCUCCAAAACAAAAACAUGUUAAAGGUGAUUUAAUAAAUUCAGUUUUUUUCUUCAAAUACAAACAAAUUAAAUGUUCAGUUGCUUGUUGAAGUGAUAAUUAUCAUGAUAUCACAGGUUAUCAGUUAUAAUGAAUCAGGUGUGUGUGUGUGUGUGUGUGUGUGUGUGUGUUGCAUGCCCUCUAGCAGCUGGACGUCUCUACAAUCCGCUCGUCAGCCUUAAAACUAAAACAAAGUCUUUUGUUUGGUGAAAGAAGAAGAUCAUCUGGAUCCUGCUCCAGAUGUUUUGCGCUCCUUGUGUUGAAUCCACAUGUGCAGUUUGUAAACGGCAGCACAGUUGUGGAAGUUUUGUUUGUUUUGCUUUCAGAUUCUCUAUGAUUAUAUAAAGUUGCAUCAUUUCGAUGUUUGAACCUGUUGACUUAUAUUUAUUUGAAAAGAGGAAUAAAUAUUUCUGGACAUCGCU